AUGGAAAUUAGCCAUCAGGGCAGCCAGAAGGGACUAGUUCACAAUCGUCUCCAUAAAGAUGCUGAGUGGCAAUGUGCUUAUACUAUUCUGCGUGGAGCUGAUUCUGGACCCUUGCCAGAGUGGGCAAUUGGGCAAAAGUCAUCCGGGAAGGCGCUGUUUAACCUGAGUUGCAGCCAUCUAAAUCUUGCUGAAAAGGAAUAUUUUGGAUUAGAAUUCUGUAGCCAUUCUGGAAAUAAUGUCUGGUUGGAACUUCUAAAGCCCAUUACAAAGCAAGUAAAAAAUCCUAAGGAGGUUGUUUUCAAAUUUAUGGUGAAAUUUUUCCCAGUGGACCCUGGACAUCUGCGAGAAGAGCUUACAAGGUAUCUUUUUACUCUUCAAAUAAAGAAGGAUUUGGCACUAGGAAGGCUGCCAUGCAGUGACAACUGUACAGCGUUGAUGAUAUCUCACAUCUUACAAUCAGAACUGGGAGACUUCCAUGAAGAAACAGAUAGGAAACAUCUGGCACGAACCCGGUACUUACCGAACCAAGACUGUUUAGAGAGCAAGAUCAUGCACUUUCAUCAGAAGCACAUUGGCAGGAGCCCAGCUGAAUCUGACAUUCUGCUACUGGACAUAGCGAGGAAGCUUGAUAUGUACGGCAUCAGGCCUCACCCCGCCAGUGAUGGCGAAGGGAUGCAGAUCCACCUGGCUGUUGCACACAUGGGAGUACUGGUGUUACGGGGAAAUACAAAGAUCAAUACUUUCAACUGGGCUAAAAUCCGCAAAUUGAGUUUUAAGAGAAAGCAUUUUCUCAUCAAGCUUCACGCCAACCUCUUGGUGUUGUGCAAGGACACCUUGGAAUUCACCAUGGCCAGCCGAGAUGCCUGCAAGGCUUUCUGGAAGACUUGUGUGGAGUACCAUGCUUUCUUCAGACUUUCUGAAGAGCCCAAAUCAAAGCCCAAAACCCUACUCUGCAGCAAAGGUUCUAGCUUCCGCUAUAGUGGAAGAACCCAAAGGCAACUUUUGGAAUAUGGAAAAAAAGGCAGGUUGAAGAGCUUGCCGUUUGAAAGGAAACAUUAUCCAUCUCAGUACCAUGAACGACAGUGCAGGUCCUCACCAGACCUCCUCUCUGAUGUGUCAAAACAAGUGGAAGAUUUGAGACUAGCAUAUGGCAGUGGGUACUAUCGAAACGUGAGUGGAGUGCACGCAUCUGAGCCUGUGCUAGACAGUAGGAGGAGAAACUCUGCAGUGGAAGUGACGUUUGCAGCCAAGCUGGAGCGGUCCAAACCAGAGGCAGAUCCCACACCAUUACAUCAGUCCCAAAGCAGUUCCUCUUUCUCUUUUAUUUAUACAGACCCUGUCUUUAGCGCUGACCCCGAUCCUGACACUGAUCCCAGAGACUACUUGGAGGAAAGGAGUCCUCUAAGCUCCUUCCAAACAAGCUGUAAGUUUGCUGACAAUCACAUGAGCACAUCUUCUGGCCUGACAAGCAAAGUGACUCCAGCAAGGCAGCUAACUUACACAGAUGUGCCCUAUAUCCCUUGUACUGGUCAGCAGGUUGAUAUUAUGCCUCCUCAAGUCUUUUUUUAUGUGGACAGACCACCCCAGGUGCCCCGAAGGUCUCCAAUCAUGGCAGAGGAAAGGGAAAGGCCAGACAGGUGUCUAGAGCCCACUGCAAUGAAGCCAGCCAAAAAAAGCCCAAGGAAUAUCAGAAUGAAGAGCUUUCAGCAAGACUUUCAAGAACUCCAAGAAGCUAUGGCCAGGACUAGUGGUAGAAGCAACAUCAAUGUAGAUCUAGAAGAGGAAGACCCAAAUUUAGAAGAUGCAUUUGCAUAUAACAUUCAAGAGCAAACCCCUAAACGAUCCCAGAGCCAAUCAGACAUGAAAACUAUCCGUUUUCCUUUUGGGUCAGAAUUUAGACCCUUAGGGCCUUGUCCUGCUCUGAGUCGUAAAGCUGACCUGUUUACGUAUAUGUUUGCAGAGCAAGAGUUUCCAACAGUUCCAAUGGAUCGGGGAGCAGCAGAAAGAUAUGUAGCUAGUGAAUCCAGUGAUUCUGAAUCAGAGAUUCUUAAACCAGACUACUACUCUUUGUAUGGCAAAGGAAUAAGGUCACCCAGGGCCAGAAUCCGCUUGUCUUCUGGUAGUCUACAGCUAGAUGAAGAAGAUGAAGAUGUUUCUUUCAAUACACCAACUGCUGAAGACAGGACUUUGCCAAAACCAUGUAAUUACUUUUUAACUUAAAGGUGUGAACUCUGUGAACAUUUCUGGGCCAGUUCCACGUUACCAACUUAGGUAAAAAAAAUAAGGAACCUUCCGCAUAAACCAUUUCUUUUAGUUACUAUUCAUUGGUAUUAAGGGAAUCUUCUAAGUUUUGGCACCUAGCUUAUGAAAGAUCCAACUGCUGCCUCAUUCCUCAAGCUCCACUCUUUUAUUCCCUCUGAAGGGACUCUGGAACACGCCCUCUCCUCACCAGCACUGUGGCGGGGUGAGGUGGGUAUUUGUCAUCUCCAUUAUACAUUUCCCCAUAGAGACACUAUAAAUGAAGGUCAGGCUCUUCAACACUGAAGAAUGGUGACAGUGUGGGUUGGCAUAUAAAAUUGGCUUCUGAUGUCAUUUAGUGAUUUAGUAGAUUGUGACUGUGUUGGUCAUUUUGUUCUUGAACAAUACUAUGACUAAAGGUUUUAGUCCUCAUUAUUUGUGUGGGGCCCAGUAAAAAUGGUUCUGUUAUAUGUUAAAAGACUUUAAUUUUUAUAACAUAUAUUAGGGGGAGCAUGGCCCUCCUAUGCCUCAGGAAUGAGAUGGUGGCACAGAUCCUCUCAACAGAACACAAGUUUAUAAUUCAUCUAGGAACUGGCAGAAUUCUAAACCUUGAAAAUUCAUGAAUUAAUCAACUUCUAAAGCCAAAUAUAUGCCUGAUGAAGAUAUUAUGAUGUUUGACUUAUUACUUCUCUAUCCUUAACUAUCUAUUAUACGUAGUGAAGGAUAAAAGUUAACAUGUUGGUUUAUCUAAUCUCUCCUGCAAGAAUUGAUUUUUUGCUUGUUGCAUGUAUGUAAUGUAGGCAAGGAAAUGAGAUGAAUAGUAUUUUAAUAAAGAGUGAUGGAAAUCCAUUUAU